AAAAAUAAUAAGAAGGCGGAAGUUGCGUCAUUUGCACGUCGUCAUGACGUCACGGAGGUUUGUUGACAUGUCUGUUUUUGUUGAGGAGAGAAAAUCCUAAGAGCACAAACGCGUCUGCGGUCCCAGUCCCGGUGGCCGUAAGGAUCUGUGAUGAACUGAACAGGAGAAUGUGAAGCACGAUGGCUGACUUUGAAACCUACCAGGAGUACCAGAGACUAGAGGACUAUGAGGAGGACUCGCCUCCGGGAGAGGAGGAUCUGCUGAUUCAUGUGCCGGAGGGACUCAAAGAUUCCUGGCAUCACAUCAAGAACCUCGACAAUUUCUUCACUAGAAUUUAUCAUUUCCAUCAGAAGAAUGGCUUCGCCUGUAUGAUGUUAUCCGAGUUCUUUGAACUUGUGCAGUUCCUGUUUGUGGUCACGUUCACCACCUUCCUCUUUAAUUGUGUCGAUUAUGACGUGCUGUUCGCCAACCGAGCCGUGAACCACACCGGGCCCGGUGUUAACCCGCUAGACAGGACCAAGGUCACGCUGCCGGAUGCCAUCCUGCCGCCUGAGCAGUGCGCAGAAAGGAUCCAAGGCAACAGCUGGAUCAUCUUUCUCCUCAUAAUGGCGGCCAUCUUUUGGAUCUAUCGCCUCGGGAAGGUGAUCUGCAACGUGCUGAGUUACUGGGAGAUCCGCCAGUUUUAUAUCAAAGCCCUGAAGAUCAGCAUGGACGAGUUGUGCAACUUCAGCUGGCAGGAAGUGCAGGCGCGCCUGAUCAGGCUGCAGCGCGAGCAGCAGAUGUGCAUCCACAAGAAAGAGCUGACGGAGUUGGAUAUCUACCAUCGUAUCCUGCGCUUCAAGAACUACACCGUAGCCAUGAUCAACAAGUCUCUGCUGCCUGUGCACCUGCGGGUGCCCUUCCUCGGUGACGUGGUCUUCCUCACGCAAGGCCUGAAGUACAACUUUGAGCUGAUCCUGUUUUGGGGGCCGGGUUCACCCUUUCAGAACAAAUGGAACCUGCACCCGAAGUACAAGAGGUCGAGCGAGCGCCUGGAGCUGGCGAGGCAGCUGAGCCGCACCAUCCUGUUGGCGGGCGUGGCCAACCUGCUGCUGUGUCCGCUCGUGCUGGUGUGGCAAGCGCUGUACGCCUUCUUCAGCUACGCAGAGGCCAUCAAGCGUGAACCUGGCAGCCUGGGUACGCGCCGCUGGUCGCUCUACGGACGUCUCUACCUACGCCAUUUCAACGAGCUGGACCACGAGCUGCGAGAGCGCCUCAGCCGCGCCUAUCGUCCUGCCGCCAAGUACAUGAACGCCUUCAACUCCCCCCUGCUUUCUGUGCUGGCCCGGAGCGCAGCCUUCUUCGCCGGUUCGCUGCUAGCUGUGCUUGUUGCGCUAACCGUCUACGACGAAGACGUCCUCGCCGUACAACAUGUCCUGACCACAGGGACCGCUCUGGGUGUCAUCGUCACCGUUGCCAGGUCCUUCAUACCAGACGAGCAUAUGGUGUGGUGCCCGGAGCAGCUGCUACAGUGCGUGUUGGCGCACAUCCACUACAUGCCCGAUCACUGGAAGGGUAACGCGAACAAGAGCGAGACGAGAGACGAACUGGCUCAGCUUUUCCAGUACAAAGCGGUCUUUAUACUGGAGGAGUUGCUCAGUCCCAUCAUCACCCCGUUUAUCCUCAUCUUCGUCCUCCGGAGCAAGUCUCUGGAGAUCAUCGACUUCCUGCGCAACUUCACCGUGGAGGUGGUGGGCGUCGGCGACAUCUGCUCCUUUGCGCAGAUGGACAUCCGUCGGCAUGGAAACCCACAGUGGAUGUCAGAGGGCCAGACGGAGGCGUCCGUGUACCAGCAGGCAGAAAACGGCAAGACGGAGUUGUCGCUCGUUCACUUCACCCUGAAGAACCCUCGCUGGCAGCCGCCUCAGGACAGCUCGCUGUUUAUUAGCCACAUGCGCGACAAGGUGCAGCAGGACGCUCAGGCUGGUCCGAACCCUCAGCUCCUGCUCUCCGAGGCUCCUCUCUGCACCUCGCUGCUCUCCAACGACUCCGCCACCGCUCCCGAUACCCUUCUGGCGAGUGUUCUGGCUCAUCCGGUCCUGUCGGCAUCCGGGUUGCCAGGUUGGAACCGUCGCGUCGUUCCUCAGAGCAGUACGGCCUCAGCCGCCGCCAGCGUACUAGCCUCGCUGUCUUUAUCCCAGCAGCCUCACGCCGGGCGCUCACGCCCUCACGUGCUCCAACCGUCCGUUCCUCAACAUCACGAAGGUCCCGUGUACCACAGCAGUGCCGCUGACAGCAUGUGUGCCAGCGAACCUUCGGCGUACAGCCAGUCCAGUUCUGCCCUUCUGUCGGGGUUUGCGUCGGCCGAAAUGAGCCUUCACGCCAUCUACAUGCAUGAGGUGCAUCAGCAGAAGCUCCCGUGUCAACGUGGUCCGGGUCAGUUACAUCCUCACGUGUCCAUAGGGGACUUUGGUGGCAACGUUGUUCCUGCGCCUCAGACCGUGCCCUCGCCUCUCCGGCUGGGAGGUUGGCUGGAGGAAGAGGAGGAGGAAGAGGAGAUCAACAGCAGCUCUGCCCCACGUCACCCGAGUCACACGAGCGGGACGAGCAGCUGAAGUGCCUUAAAGUGUUUGUGCUCAUUUUCUGGAAGAAUGUCGUGGCCUUAGUUUAACUCGAAGCUUCUCGACCGUACGGGUCGCAUCACGGGGUCUUCGCUUCGCUGGUCUUCCGGCCUCGAGGAGUCGCGGUAUUCCGGACCUGCGGAUGAUACCAACCGUCUUCUCCUCUCUCUUAGACGCUUCAUUAGGAGGACUUGAUUUUAUUUAUUUAUUUUUUUCCCCCCUUUUGACAUGUGUGAGUUUUCAUUCUCAGAUCAAGGUUGGAGCUGCUUGUGCUUCAAAAAUGUCAAACUGAAUGUGAACUCACGCAGGAGUGAAGAACCCUUUUUUUUAGGGUCGCCCCCCCCCACCCCCCCACAGAAGGGCUUUAUUGUAUAUUAUAUGAUAUGAUAUUAUAUUGCAUGUGCUGCCCAAGUACUUUCUACAGAGGCGCUGAAACCUACACACCGUUUUCCGUCCGCUGCUUUUCCGUUGUCAGGAUGACACUAAUGACACAGAAUGACACUAAACCUUGGACAAGUCAUUUAAAUAUGGAAUAACACUCACGAAGCAUCGGUUUAUUCAUGUCCCUAUAACAGCAUGCCCCGAAGUGUUUUACAGCCACGUUUAGAUGUUUGGUUCCUGUUCAUGCUUCAUUUAUAACAGCUAUAAGGUUAAAAAAAAAAAAGUGUAAAAUGCUGAAACCGUAGACUCCUACAAAAUAAUAGUAAGGAUUAUAUGAAGAAUCUGGAACGCACGUCCCUGAAAACAAUACGCCGGCAAAUUCCGUGCAAAACGUCCCGACCGAUCAGAACAUAGAAUUCAACCUCACUACGAAACACAUCGGCGGCGCUUAAACGGCGCAGGACGAGGAAGCGACAUCCGUUCUUCUCAAUAUUAACGCCUCAUUAUCUAACUGAUGAAUUAGCCUUUAAUCAUGCCUCAGGGCUUUUGUUAUCUAGACAAGAAAGAUGAAUUUCCUUACAUUUUCAUACCGCGCUCGGAUAAAUAACGUACGGUCCGGAGGCUGUUCGGAAGACCAGACGGCUUACCGUCGCUUCCAUGAACCGUUAAUCCUCACUCACAGCUGAUAGAUGAAACAUUUUCACCACCUACAUUCAUCACGUCAGGGGAAAAUAGCAUCGAGGAGAAAACGGCACAACGCCUCCGACACGCUGAGGUUUUAUUUUUUUGUUUGUUUUACAUCAGGGCAACAAAUGCAUUACUAUUCAACACAGCCUGAAAUACCUCUGCACAUUCAAACUAGGUAAUGUACAGUAUUUAUUUUGGUGCAUUAUAUCGUGUUGCUCCAGGUGGGAAACGGGAUUGUGCGAGUCACCUGAUUACACCUGACAGCCAAAACACGUUUACACUCGACUUGUUAUAACUGACUUAAAAAAUAUAUAUAAAUAAAAAAAGGAUUGGUAAUUUUUACAUGAUUGUCAUCAUGACCACUAUGAGCAGUCUGAAUUCGGACUGUACAAGGUGCUACAUGCUUUGGUUGCUUUUUAAUAUUUAUCUUAGUUUUCUGUUGUUGUUGUUGUUGUUUUUUAUUAUUAUUAUAAUUUUUUUUUUGUCUGAUCAAAGCAACAUUUAUUUAAGAAUAAACCGAACAAAAGGUG